GGCCUUUGCGCGCUGGCUAAGGGGCGGGCCUUCGGGUGCCCCCUUCGGGCCGAGGUAUGGCAGAAUCCUCCGGAUCUCCUCACCACUUGCUUUACAAACAGGUGAACUCCCCGCCCUGGAAGGAGGCUUUCAGGCAGGGAUGUCUCCAGAGAAUGAGAAACAACCGGGACAAGCUCCUGGACAAGUACCGUCAGACUGGAGGCAACAUGCCAGUAAGAGUCUCCAACAGACUCCUAGUGGAAGAAGUGAUGGAGGAAGAGUGGAAUUCUUUGCAGUCAGUAGAGAACUGUCCGGAGGGCUUGACCCAGUUGGGGUUGCCAGUGGACCUAUCUGUGCUGGAGGAAAUCCAACAGGAGCUGUGUGAUGAAGAAAAGUCCAUUAUCAACGAAUAUGAGACGAGCUUACAGUUUGAUGAAAAUUGUCUCAACAUCAUGCUGACUGAGUGGGAAGCAAACCCCCUCAUCUGCCCUGUGUGUAUAAAGUUCAACCUGAGAAUAAUAGACAGUGUGGUCAUGUGUCAGUGUGGCCUGUUCAUCCCAUUUCAUUCUCCGGAGUUGACAGAGCAGAAGCUUCGUGCCUGCUUAGAAGAUAACAUAAACGAGCACAGUCUACACUGUCCCUGCACCCCUGCAUUUUCAGUCACUGAUGGGGCAGAAGAAAAGCCCAGUCUUCUCAUGAGCUGUCUGGUAGGCUUGUGACACUUGGGCCGUGAUCCUCUAGAGUCAUCCUGGACUUGUCACUCCACUAGGCUGAAAGCAACUCGUUUCCUCUGAUUAAGACCCUUACGUGAACAAGCCUUUGUAACUUAUUUUGCAUUAAAGCUUUUUAAACAUCUC